GGCAAAGUGAAAGUGAAAUUAGAAGUUGACUGUGCAGACUCAGAGCAGCGUGAUUCCUGAACAAGUCCCAGGGUUCCAGCGUGAUUCCUGGAAGUCUUCUGUGUGGAGCACAAUGAGCCUGGGACUUGUCCUUCUCUGUGGACUGCUGGUUCUGAAGGCGGGGUGGACGGAAGAUCUAGGCCCCAGUUCCUCUUUACGCUCUGUGGACGUGGUUCUGGACUGCUUCUACAUAGAGGAAGCUGCAGGAGAUUUGCCAGGUUCAUUUGCUAGCUCAUUCUCCCAGGACAGUGCCACUCUGGUGCUGAGAGAUGUCAGUGUCAUCGAUGAUGGGAGCUUGGACGAUGUCACCAAUUAUGAAGUGCCAGGGGCAAGCACUGGUUCCGCACCCCCCCUCAUCUUUGAGGCUUCAGCCAAGUUGGUAGCCAUCCCAUAUGCAGAAUCCCUGCUGCAUGCAGACUGUUCUGGGGAGGAGGUGACUUGUGAGAUCUCUUUGUACAACGGACACCAGGCAGACGAGGAGACCUGCCAGUCCUCCUGGUUCAUGGGGACCCUGAAGCUGUCCAGUGGGAUCAGUAUUGCUCUAGUGCUGAGGGGCCCCUGCAGGAGUGAUGGGAAGGAAGAGGAGAGAAUGACUGUGCUGCACCCAAAGCUGAAGGUCCCUGUAAGCAAUGAGGGGACAGUGCUAACAACAGUUGAAUUCCAGUCGUCAUCUCUCACCCCGACCCUGCGCACCCGUCUUGGCAGCUCUGUCACCCUGAACUGCAGGUUUGCCUUGGCACCUGGCUCUCCACUGGCCUGGCUGGAGUGGAGGCUGCAGCACCAAGGCAGUGGGCACAGUGUGUUCCGGUACCAGGCAGGGAGUGAGCCACAAGAAGGGCAGCCAACGGCCCACGUGGACAUGGUGCAGCUGCUGGAGACUGGUGAUGCAUCACUUAGCUUGCGUGAUGUGGGCAUGAAGGAUGAGGGGAUGUAUAUCUGCUUGGUGUCCAGCCCCAAGCAUCAAACACAGCACGUCAUUCAGCUGCAGCUGGCCGAGCCCCCAAGAGUCCACUUGUUCCCAGAGCUAGUGUCACGGGAGGGGGAUGGAACUACGACCCUGACCUGUGAGAUCUCUGGCUACUACCCCCUGGAUGUCUCAGUGAGCUGGACCCGGGAAUCCCCUAAGGAUGAAGACAAGCUGCCCAUCCCCAGCUCGAACAUAUAUUUUUCCAGCCACAGGCAAGGCCAGGUUGGCACCUACAGCAUCAGUUCCUACCUGCUCAUCAACUUAGCAACAGAACUGGCACCAGUCACCUUCAGCUGCCAUGUUUCACACCUAGCCCUUGAGGAGCCAGUUGUAGUUAGUGCCUAUCUCAGAGCACCAGACCAAAAAACAUCCAAAGUGGUUGUGGGAAUCAUCAUCUCUACUGCCCUCUUCGUCGUUGCUCUCUUUGGCCUCAUACACAGAUGGAGAAAGCCAGUUGAUCUAAAAGCUGAAUAAUUUCUGGAGACUUCAGAAUGAAAGGGACAGUGACCUCAGCUACCCAUGUUCCUGUACCACCUCUGACAGGUGCCAUCCCAGAGGGCAAUCCAACCACUUAAAAACUGAUCUCUUGUUUUACGUUAACAUAUUUGUCAGGCACCUGAACCCCAUGUGGUAGGGUCAGGAACCCUCACGCUGCUUCUUGUUGGAAGAACAGAGGAGCAAUGUGAUCUGGGAAGAUGGAUUCACUGAAAAGGGAAUGUCUCCACCUUGGGAAGGUUACCUUGUUAACCCCACUGGCAUUGUUCUUCCCACACCGCAGGGUCUCACUGCCUUAUGUAGUUGAUAACAGGGUUAGGAACUGUUGCUUUAUCAAAACAAACAGGGAGUAGGUUGCCCCUAAACCAUGGACGCUCUGGGGUGGGGGAACAGCCAGCUCACAUCCAGUCUGUGCUGAACAUGGAAGGGUUGGUAGAAACUCAAUUUCCUACUGGAAUUAUCCCAUCUCUGGUCUUAGUUAUGGCUCUAAUUAGCUAACAAAGCCCACCUGGAUAUCUUUUCUGAAAACUGCAUUUAGAAAACUCAGAGCAGAGAGAGAAUGAUCUGUAAUGAAUGGGGGUCACUCUAGAGCUGAACCAGACCACACCUGCACGGUUUACUGUUGGGUUUUUAUGGACCUCGCCAGUUUGAUUUGUGGCACAUAUUAGGUAUGAGGUUGGUAGAACAGAGCAGACCUUCAUUAAUCAUUAUAUAAUUCACAGCUUUUGCCCUUUUGACAGAAAUAAUCAGCAAAGAAGAAAUAGUUCAUUCUCUCAGACUUAGUCAAGAGCAGUAGAGUGGAAAACAGGGAAAAAAUACUAGGGUAAAGAGAUUCUUCCCAGCACUGAUCCCUUCCCCAUGGGGCACUUCAGCCAUAGCAGCAAAGAGAAAUUGAGGCUAGGCAAAAAUGUUAACUUCAUUUCUUUGAUAAAUAAAUGUAGGACAGAUCCAUUUGGCACCAAUUGGCACCAUUCAUAGGCUCUAAGGCAGGGGUGGGCAGUUAUUUGGGUCAGAGGGCCACAAAGAGAGUUUUGGUG